GCUACCAUUCUUGCAUCAGAUAAAGCUACUAUUUGUCUGCUGGCUAGUAAUACCUCGAUUUAAUGGUGCAUACUAUGUCUACAAAAGCCUUGUUCAUCCGUGCUUAUCUGUGGACCGACAAUCUGUUGUCAAGUGGUUGAAUAAGCCUAAGGAUGAGGUCUCUCUCAAACCCGAAACCUUCCUAGCUGUGGUUGAGACAUAUGUUCAAAAGAAUGGUACUGAAGCAUUGGAGAAAUUCAUGGCUAGUAAGUCAAAGGAUUCAAAUUCCAUUCUCAUUGUGGAAGAAAUCAAGUCAGUUGCAAAUGCAGAGGAGAAAGAAGUGGCGACAAUAGUCCAGUUCAACGAGCCAAACAUUGUUCAGAAAGAUGUUAAAACUGUGGGACCAAAAGAAAAAAAUGCAGCAGCAGCAGCAGCCGUGAAAUCGUGCAAAGAGCCAAACAUUGCUCAGAAAGAUGUCAAAGUUGUGGAACCACCAGAGCAAAAUGCAGCAGCAGCUGCAAAAAGGACUGAGAAGAAAGCAGUUGCAGCGGUGGAGGUCGAAGAAAUGAUAGAGCCAAUAGCUCGUAAAGAGGACAAGUUUCUGGAGCCACCAGAGAAAAAUGCAGCAGUUGCUGGAAAAUGGACUGAGAAGAAAGCAGUUGCAGCAGUGGAGGUCGAAGAAAUGACAAGGCCAACAGCUCCUAAAGAGGACAAACUUCCGGAGCCACUAGAGAAAAAUGCAGCAGCAACUGCAAAAUGGACUGAGAAGAAAGCAGUUGCAGCGGUGGAGGUCGAAGAAAUGAUAGAGCCAAUAGCUCGUAAAGAGGACAAGUUUCUGGAGCCACCAGAGAAAAAUGCAGCAGUUGCUGGAAAAUGGACUGAGAAGAAAGCAGUUGCAGCAGUGGAGGUCGAAGAAAUGACAAGGCCAACAGCUCGUAAAGAGGACAAGCUUCCGGAGCCGCUGGAGAAAAAUGCAGCAGCAACUGCAAAAUGGACUGAGAAGAAAGAAGUUGCAGCGGUGGAGGUCGAAGAAAUGACAGAGCCAACAACUCGUAAGAGGACAAGCUUCCAGAGCCUCCAGAGAAAAAUGCAGCAGCAAUUGCAAAAUGGCUGUCUGAAUGUGGGGAAUGCACUUGGAUUGCCUAGUUUUGAUACUGAUAAGAAAGCAGUUGCAGUGGUGGAGGUCAAAAAAAUGACAGAGCCGGCAGCUUGUGAAGAGGACAUGCUUCCAGAGCCACAUGCUCCGAAGAAAGUUCAGAAGGAGUGGACUUGUGCUGUAUGCCAGGUGACAACCACAUGUGAGGCAAACUUGAAGAGCCAUCUUCGAGGACAGAAACAUAGGGCAACGUUGGCUGAGCUCAAAGCUAGUAAGCAGGCAGCCAAAAACACCCGUUGCAGCAACAGUGAGCAAUUCAAGCAGAGAAAUACUAGUACUAGUAACGCUGGGACGAAGCUGUCUAAACUGUGGUGCAGUAUAUGUGAUAUAAGGUGCCCUGAAAAGAUUCACAUGGCCGCUCACCUCAAAGGAAGUAAACACUUGUCCCGGAUUAAAAAGAUGUUCGAUCUUUGUGGUGGCGAACAAGGGUGGGAGUGUGGUAUCUGUAAUGUAAGGUGUUCCGCAGAGAGUGUCAUGGUUGGUCACCUUAAUGGAAAGCAGCACUUGUCCCGGGUUGAACAGAUGCUCAAUCCAGUAGAUGGCCAACCGGGGUUCUGCCGUAUUUGUCAUGUAAUGUGUUCUGGGGAGAUUGACAUGGCUGCUCACCUUAAUGGAGGGAAGCACUUGUCCCGGAUUCAAGAGAUGAUCAAUCCUGGUGGUGCCCAAUAA